AUGAGUACGGAAGAAGAAGCUCCAAAGCAACAGUUUAUAGAGGAAAGCACGGCGUGGCUUAACCGAGCCUUAACAGAGAAUCCUCAAUAUGCUGAUAUGCGUGAGCGAGCUUUAACUAAUAGCCAAGGCAUGUCUUUCUCUCAUGUAGUUCAAUCCGAAACAAUGACUGCUGAGUCAGCAAUUUACCGCUCCGAUUUAUUAGAACUCGUUUACCAGCAUUUGUGCGCUAUAGGAAUGAAGAGAACCGCCGAAAUUUUAGUUCGUGAAUCCGGACUUUCUUUUCAAAAAUCAAGUCAGCCGUGGAAUAAGACCGAUUUAUCACUUCUUAUUUCACUUGCAAUUGGUCAUCGCGAAGAUCCUUGGAAUGUUCCGCCUACCCCAAAUCAUAUCUUCGCUAACGAAACAAUCGAAGAGGAUAACUUUGCUUCCGCAUACACAGAAGACCCGAAGGACAUUUGGAAAGAGUUGGCUGAUAAGAAACUUAACGCUGUUUAUUCUGAUGAUAGUCAACCAACAUUUGCUAAUCUAAGGAGAGGCUCCUUGAAGCGUAUCAUUGUUUUCCUUGUUGAAUUUCAUGAGGGUACCCUUAGACAUAUGAAAGAUUCAGACAUGCAAUUAAUUUUCCUUUCCCUCCACUCCAUGACAAGCUCUGACCAUUUCUUCAAGCAUCUCGUCACGUUAUACGAUGGUGACCCUGAUAGUAAUGGCGCAACGAGAGAUACAAACCUUGAUAGCAACGGAGCAAAGAAAGAAGGUGAAAAUGAUGGCACAAAGAAGGACGACGAUGGUACAGGUCCAAAGAAAGAGAAAGGAUCUUUAUCUUUCUUAAGAAAGAAUAUUAUCGAUACAAUUAAGAAGUGGGUUAAUUUCCACGGCUUAUUUAUCGGCCGCAAAACACUUAAAUCAGUCGAAUUAUUCCUCACAAGAAUUUAUAACAGCGAUAUCGAUGAAACUUACAAAAAGAUCAUCGCCAGCGUUCUUUCAAUCAUUCCGAACCUCCAUUACGGUAUCAGACUUGGUGAGUCUAGCAAAGCCCCUGCUCCUGAUAUUCAUGAGCCAGAAAUCUUCUUCCGACCAAAUUUAACCUUGUUAAUGCCUCCUCCUACUAUCGUUGCUCAACAGAUCUCCGCCUACCAGCUAAAAGUCUUCGCAUCGGUCCAUUCCCGUGAAUUUAUCAUCGGUUUCUCAAAUCGAGCUCCAACAAUUCAAACUCCUACACUCAACGAAUUCCUUGCUUUCGGAAAGCACAUACAACAUCUCUUCCUCGAUGCUUACGAUCAAUUAAUGAAAGAAAAAUCCCCGAGGAUUGCUUUCCAAGCGAUGCUCGCUGUAGCUGACGAAUUAGCUAAGUGCAAGAGCUUCGAUUCUCUUGCCAACCUCGUACUUUUAUUAAAGCGAAACGAAUUACAAACUCUUUCUCAAGCCACGAAAGACCAGAUCGCCUUAAUCAACAAGCUCUGGGAAUCCUGUGGCAAGGAUGGCGAGGACAUGGCCAAAGAAGAUGGUUCUCAGACAGAUUACGAAAAAACAAUCCAAGAUCAAUACAACUCAUGGGCUUCCUGCAUUCCAAACAUGACGGCUGAGCUCAAGAGUAUCAAAGUAUCUGUUACGAAACAACCAGAUUUCAUUGAUGAUCUGAUUAACUGGGAAAAGAAGAGAGUUAUCGCAGAAAGAGCACAUAUACUUUACAGAUUCCAGAACCAGUCUACUUUCCAGGCUCCGAUUUCUCAGAUUCAGAAAGUUAUUUCGAGUAUUCCAGAUACUCCAUUUGAAGUGUUGAUGAACCGCGUAACAAACGCUAUUGAAGACAUGGAAUUCUCAAAGAAUUAG